GAGGCGGUCAACGAUGCGCUGGCGGCUGCCACCACGGUGCUGGGCGAGGAUGGUGAUCACUACCAUCAAAUGUGCGACGCCACCGGGACACCGUUGUUGCAGGCGCAGGCCCACUUCGCGGAGCUGGGUCAUACGCUACAGUGGAGUGGUCAAGCUACUGUCUGUACAAGGUGCGCGCGGACAGCCAGCGACGUCACCAAGAAGGUGCUCAAGCUGCGUGACAAGUGUCCUGGGGCUGCCCAAUGCCGCGAGACAAGGCGCAGCCAGGUUAAGCGUAUCCUGAGAUUCGCCAAGAGCGUGUCGAUGGAGUUCCAUGGCAGGUUGCACGAAGUUCUGUCGGCGCCACAGGGCAGUUGGUACAUGGGCAUGUUUGGCCUACACGGGCACCUCCUGCGCUCUCUCGUGGGCCUGGAGCGCCAGCAGUUCAUGAGGGAAAGCGAGUACAACCACUUCGUGCUCGGGUACUGA